UUCCCCUUCUCUUCCCCUCUCCCUCCGAUCUCCCCUCUCCGUGACUCCCCUCCCCCAUCUUCUCGGGGCUGUAGGAAUGUGGAAGCCUCCUACGUCAUCACCUCGUUGCGUAGCGGGGUCCCGGCUCUGAAAAACUGAGCGAAAACACCCGGACCUUAAAAACCUAAAUACUUUACGUUAACGGGUCCUGCUCCACCACCUCCUCCCUCCUCGUACCUCCAGUACGACGACGCGGUUUCUUGUCUCCAUGGUGAUGAUGUCGAGGAAGCGCUGCGCGUCGGACUGAAAGGGGCGGGGCGACCAACCACCAUAGCGACUGGUUUGUGUAUCCCUCGCAACGUUGUUCCUUCACGGCGAAUCACCUGAAGAUGCCGUUCCACGACAGCGUGUACUACCCCUACCCCGACCCCCAGGGCACCCCCUCCCCCGCGGGGGUCCCGUCGCUCCUCGACUCGCCCGCCCUCCUCCAGCACCACCUCCUCUCUGACUCCUCCUCCUCCGCCCACUCCCACCACCACCACCCCAUCGCCAUGACCCCCUCCGCCCUCCCGCCGGCGCCCGCCCCCGCUCCGCCGCACCUGCCGCCGUUCAAAUUCCGCGCGCGGCGCGAGAGCGUGGACUGGCGGCGCGUGGGCGCCCUCGACGUGGACCGCGUGGCCAGCGAGCUGGACCUGGACGCGCUGCAGCAGCACGUGACGGCCGUGGCCUUCUGCAGCCUGGAGGGCGAGCGCUGCCCGCGCUGCCGGGCCGCGCUGGACCCCGCCCUCGCCAAGCUCUUCCGCCUGGCCCAGCUCACGGUGGAGUGGCUCCUGCACUGCCAGGCGGCACUCGCCGAGCACCUCCGCGCGGCCGAGGGGCGGCUGGCGGCGGCCGGCGGCGAGCGGGAGCGGCUGGCCGGGCGCCACGCCCGCCUGGAGGAGAGGGCCCGCGCGCUGACCGGAGAGCUGAAGCAGCGGAAGAGGGUGAUCCGCACGCAGCAGAGCAUGCUGGCGCCGCGCUGCGUCGGGAGUCAUAAGUGUUCCCACUGUGACAAGUCCUUCCUCAACGCCUCCUUCCUCCAGAACCACCUCCAGCGCCGACAUCCCAACGAGUCGGAGAUCCAAUCGCGGCCAGACAACGAGAAGAAGUCUCAGCUGGACGUCCUGAAGGAGGAGAUCAGCAGCCUGAAGGAACAGCUGGUGCAGCAGCAGCAGACCCUGCAGGCCAAGACCGAUCAGGAGAAGGAGCAGGAGUCUCUCCACCGGGACCUGGUGCGGGAGCUGGAGCGCUUCAAGGCGGAGGAGAUGACCCGCAUGGACCGCAAGAUCGAGGACAGCCGCGACGGCUUCCGCCGCGAGAUGGAGUUCUUCUACACCAGGAACUUCCAGGCUCGCAUCGAGCAAGAGCACAGCCAGAUGUCGCGGCGCGAGACGGCCAGCAGCCCCGUGCAGCGCCCCCCCGAGCGGGAGCAGGACGCCCACGCCGACGCCCAGGCGCACGCCAUGCAGCGCCUGGAGCAGCAGCUCAGGAAACAGGAUAAAAAGUGGGAAUCCAGACUGCAGGAGAUCAAAGGCCAACACGAGUCAGAGAAGAACCAGCUGCUGAGUGAGCUGAGCAGGAUGCAGUCGUCGGUGGGGGAGCAGCAGAGCCGGGGUCAGAGGUCACUGGAGGAGAUGGAGAGGAGGCUGCAGGAGAGAGACCGCACCAUCACCUCUCAGAGAGAGCAGAUUAGGAACAUAUCCUCCCAACAGCCGGUCACCAAGAUAGUGGAGGUACCAGUCAUCGUCACGGCGACCCCACCAGAACCGAGACGCAAGCGAAUUGUCCGCGACUCCAGCAGCGUCUCGGAGAAGAGGCGCCCCCCGGUGGUGUCGGCGGAGAGCAGGAGACCCGAGGCGGCGGCGGCGACUCCGGCUCCGGCUCCGGCUCUGGCUCCGGAGCGGCGGGAGAGGCUGACGCCGGCCGCCCUGCGGAGGAACCCCAGCCUCAGGAGAGAGCUGCGGCCCGCACUGGAGCUCGCCCUGGCCGAGAAGCUGGAGGACCUGGGGCUCCGGCCGGGGCAGAGUGGUCUGAAGAGCAAGGAGCUGAGCGGCAUCCUGUCCCAGGUGGUCUCGGCGCGGGAGAGCGCGGCCCGCGAGGUGCCGCAGUACUGGCGCCACCGCGAGGAGGUGGUCCGCGACCUGGAACAGAGGCUUCAGGACCGACGCCGGGGCAGCGAGCCCGCCGCCAAUGGCUCGCUGCGGGCCAAGGCCAGGGCCGCCGCUCAAGCGAGUCAAAACAGACCUCGGUCCAGUAGCCUCCCCUCCAGGGUGACUCAGGUGAUGUCUGGACCUCCGGCAAAACAGGCCAAGACCCCCCAGCCAACACCCAGGACCAGUACUGUCGACCAACCGAAGACCUUGACCAGCAGAGCCAGGAACCCGGCCAAGGCUGCCGUACCCAACUUCAGGACACCUCCUUUCAGCUCAGACGAAGACUCAGAGGAGGAAGAGGACAGUGAGGAUGACGACGAGGAAGAGGACGAGGAGGAUCUAAGAAGGAUGCGCGGGCGCUCUCAGGACCCUAGGGGCCGGUCCCCGCAAGCCUCCAGACCUCAGCGGGCCCCCGUUGUGCUCCAGAACACAGCCGGCAGACCCAGCCCGGUCGCACGGCAGCAGACUCCAGCGCGGCCCGCACUCGCCUCCACGCCCAAUCAGCAACGGGCACCAGCCGGGAACGUCGUGAAGGCGGCGGCCGUUAAGGCUCCGGACAGCGAUGACGACGACUGGUCGGAGGUUAGCGUGCUGCAAGAGAUCGACCCCAAGCGGCUACAGUCUUAUGAGGACCGGAACGGCAGCACGGACAAGAGACCCGCGGUGAAACAGGCCACGGUGCGGGAGUUGGCUGUGAAAGUGGAGAACAAGCUGGCGGAGAGAGGCGGGCGACGGCCAGCAGGGGGCGUGAACGUCGCACCGAAGAGUACAAAGAAAACAGAGGAGGAGGAUGUAGUUCAGGAGCUACUGUACACAGAUCUAGAGGAGAGCAGUGAUUGGGCGGUGUCGUCCCUGGAGGAGCCGGGUCACAUCCUGGCUCUCCCCAAGUCGGGCCCCAAGGGGCCCCCACCGACCAGGAAGAGUCUGGACUCGUCCAGCACUAGCGUCUGGGGAACCUCCACGGGCAAGGGACAGAAAUCCGGAGUGACGGACACCGCGGGGGCCGGCAGCACGCUGAAGAGCAGCCUGAUCUCACUCAGCGACUUCAGCGACUCAGAAGACAUUUAGCAUUGCACACCCUACUGUUCUGACCCCACAUGAACCCUGGAAUGUCUUUGAUGACCCCUUUAUAUAUGAUUUAUGAGAUUAUUUUACCCUAUAGGUACUGCUUUUAUAGUGUCCGAUUUAUAUGUGACAGAAUCUUUUUUGUAGAUUUUUGUUGAUGAUUUUCUCCUUUAUACAUUCAUACAAGCAAUAAA